AUGGGAAGAUUAAAGCCUUUAAGUUAUCGGAUAGUGCAAAUCUUUAUUGCAAUUCUGAUUCCAAAUGUUGGUGGCCUUAUGAUGUUUUUGUUGUUAACUGAUAAGAUUAAGGAACAUGAUGGAAAAGAUCGAAUUGAGCCGUUUUAUGCACCACCUGAUUGGUUCGUAGGUGUGGCGUGGAUUACACUUUAUACUUUAAUGGGAAUCUCAAGCUGGCGUUUAUGGAUGAAUAAAAAGAGUCACGACAUUAAAAUUCCUCUAUUAAUUUAUUUUAUUAAGCUCCUCUUAAACUGGUUAUGGCCCUUAUUAGCAUUUGGACUUGAUCUACUGCUCGGUGCAAUAAUAGAAAUGAUUGCUCUACUAAUUUUUGUCGUUGUUACUGGAGCUUUGUUUUAUAAGGUUGAUAAGCUUAGUGGAAUUCUAUUCAUACCAUACUUUGCAUAUCUGACCUAUGCAACAAUCUUGUGCAUUCAUAUUUACAUUUUAAAUAAUUAA